AUGGCGCAUCACAACGAAGGGGUCAACCCCCUCAGACCAUACUACAUCCCGCCCUCUAUCGGCGAGCCUCCGGAUGUUCUUCCAACCCCGGCACCGCGCACCUUCUCGCAGGUUAAUACGACAGGCCGCUACGCCACGAAGGCCCGUGAUAUCUUCUCCGACAUCGACUACAAGGACUACAUCGCGGAGCCGUCACCUGGCGUGAUUGAGAGCGUACAGCAAAUGCUGGACGAACUGCUCUGGAAGUAUGUUUCCGUGCUGAUGGCCCAACCCUUCGAGGUGGCCAAAACCAUUAUGCAGAUCAGGCAGCAAGAUGAUCUGGGUGGUCUCGAAGCUGCUGCCGCCGAGGCUGCCGAAGCCGCCGCAGAGGAGGCCCGGCAACGGCAGGCGAAUCAGCGGAUCCACCUGUUUGACAACGAGACCCCUGCAGCUCUGGACGAUGACUCGGAUGACGAGUCAACCCUGUUUACAGUACAACAGCCGCGCGCCCCGUCGCCGACUCUUACUCGACAGAAGCCGCAAAGACCCCCGAGCCCGCCGCCGCGGUCUCCAAAGCCCCCAAAGCCUAAGCAGCUUCCACCACAUAUGUUGUCCAUCAGGACGCCGGAUUCGGUGCUGGAAGUAAUUGCGCAGUUGUGGCAGAAGGAGGGCACCUGGGGUGUAUGGAAGGGCACUAAUGCUACCUUCAUCUACUCAGUGCUCUCGUCGUUGCUGGAAAACUGGUCUCGGAGCCUUCUUAGUGCUCUGUUCAACGUCCCUGAUUUGGGCGUCAAGAAUGACAUGGACCGUCUGGUUGACAUUGCUUCGCCCUACCCCUGGGCGUCGCUUUUUGUCGCGGCUGGCGCUGCCGUCGCCACGGGCUUGAUUCUGGCUCCUUUAGACCUCGUUCUAAUCACGUCAACAGCCUCGCGGGCAACCCGUCGCACGCUUGCCAACCUGCGCAGCCUGCCUUCCUACCUCUGCCCCUCUAGUCUCGUUCUCCCUACCAUCCUGCAUUCACUCAUCCAUCCCCUUCUGACCCUAUCCACACCCCUUGUCCUCCGCACCCACUUCCUAAUCGACAAGGAGCUGGCCCCAACCACUUUCUCCAUCGCCAAGUUCUGCUCGUCGACCGUCGCCCUCUUCAUCAAGUUGCCUAUCGAGACAGUCCUGCGCCGUGCCCAGGUUGCCGUGCUCUGCCAGCCUGAGUACUCUCAGGCGCUAGAGCCCCCGCCGACGCCCAAGACGCAAGGCAAGCGUGGCGCUACUGCUUCGGCAGAGAACGCUGAGGACAGCCAAUCCAAGGAGCCGCUGCCGGAGGCGAUCGUCCCGCUGGGCAAGUACAACGGCCUGUUCGGGACGAUGUGGCACAUCGUUUAUGAAGAGGGCUCGCACCCUGUGCAGCAGCCACAGCCUGUGGCCGUCAACAGCAGGGCUUCUAAGAAGGGUGGUCUACAAGGCAAGAGCAGCGCGCAGCAAGGCAUUGCUGAGACUGUGUACAGGCGCGGUCAGGGACUAGAUGGUCUCUGGAGAGGUUGGAAGGUCAGUUGGUGGGGAUUGGUUGGUUUAUGGGCGGCUGGUGUGUUGGGUGGUGGAGGAGAUGGCGAGUUUUGA